CGCUUUGAGAAGGAAGACAAUAUUCCAGAAGCCGGAUCUCCAAAAGGAAUCCCUGGAAAAAGUGCCCGAAAAAUGCUGGCCCAUCCACCCGUCUCCAUGCCCUCCGUGCCUCACCCAUCGAGGGGAACUCUCCAGACACCGGAGUGUUUUCUGGAAUAGAUUAGGAAAAUAGCUUAACCCCGCAAUAGAAAUGGUAUUAGUUUGUCUGAGCUAUACCACAUCAGAGGUUAUUUUAGAAUACAGGUGAGGCCGAUCCUCACCUUGCUGACAAGGUCGUAUCAUGGCCGCUGCUGAUCCCCAUAGCAACGCUUCCUUGGCGAUGCAAGGAGCAGACUGAGAGAGUCAACGAUGCAGCGUAACGGCGGGGGGGCGGGCGCCGGUGGCCAGCCAUGGGUGUUACGGCGCGUGCGUCUCACCUGGCUCAGUUUCAUGCUCUUUUUCAUCCUGGUCUUCUUCCCACUCAUCGCCCAUUACUACCUCACUACCAUCGAUGAAGCCGGGGGUCCCGAGAAGCACAUCUUUGGCCCGCGGCCCGGCGGCGAACUCUGUGAGGUCAAACAUGUGCAGGAUCUGUGCCGGAUCCGCGAGUCGGUCAGCGAGGAGCUGCUGCAGCUGGAGGCCAAGAGGCAGGAGCUCAACGGGGAGAUCUCCCGACUCAACAUGCGCAUCGAGGCCUGCAAACGCAGCAUCGACAGCGCCAAGCAGGACCUGCUGCAGCUGAAGAACGUUAUCAGCCAGACAGAACACUCCUAUAAAGAACUGAUGGCCCAGAACCAGCCCAAGCUUUCACUGCCCGUCAGACUGCUGCCAGACAAGGAGGACCCGGGUUUACCACCGCCGAAGUCUGCACGCUCCUGCCGCCUACGCUCCUGCUUCGACUACGCCCGCUGCCCUCUCACCUCUGGGUUUCCAGUCUAUGUCUAUGACACCGCCUCCUAUCCAUGGGCAGACUUUAUUGACCCCCUGGUGAAGCAGGCGUUUGCAGCAUCAGUGAAGAGCAACAUUUAUAUAACCGAUAACCCCAGCGUUGCCUGUCUCUACUUGGUUUUAGUCGGGGAGCUGCAGGAGGAGUCCUCCCCGCCUCCACCUCCCUCAGAGCUGGAGAAGCAACUGAAAGCUCUGCCUUACUGGAGAUCUGAUGGACACAAUCAUGUUCUGGUGCAUUUCUCUAGAAAGUCAAUGACACAGAACUUCCUGUAUAAUGUGAGCACAGGACGGGCAGCAGUAGCUCAGUCCACCUUCCUGGAGCAGCAGUACCGCGAGGGCUUUGACUUGGUUGUGUCCCCGCUCGUUCAUGCCCUCUCAGAGCCAAACUUUUUAGAAGUGCCCCCUCAAGUUCCUGUAAAGAGGAAAUACCUCUUCACCUUCCAGGGGGAGAGGGUGGAGUCACUAAAGAGCAGCUUACACGAAGGACCCCCCCAGACUUUCGAGGAGGAGAUGGAAGGAGACCCACCAGCCGACUACGAUGAUCGCAUCAUCGGCACCUUAAAGGCGGUGCAGGACAGCCACCUUGAUCAGGUGCUGGUGGAGUUCACCUGCAAGAACCCCCGGCCGAGCCUGCCGACUGAGUGGGCUCUGUGUGGGGAGAGGGAGGACCGGCUGGAGGUGCUUAAGGUUUCCACCUUUGGCCUGGUGAUAGCUCCAGGGGACGGGCAGCUGGUGGCCUCAGCAGGCUGUGGGAUGAGGCUCUUUGAGGCCCUCGAAGUGGGGACCAUCCCAGUCGUGUUGGGGGACCACUCCAGACUGCCGUAUCACCAGCUUAUUCGAUGGAGCGAAGCUGCCAUCAUAGUCCCUAAGCCUCGUGUCACAGAGCUACACUUCCUGCUGCGCAGCCUAUCAGACAAUGACAUGCUGGCCAUGAGGCGGCAGGGCCGCUUCCUGUGGGAAACGUACUUCUCUACCUCGGAGAAUGUUCUAAACACCCUCCUGGCCUGCAUCAGAACCAGCAUCCAGGUUCCUGCUGCUCCCAUCAAAGAAGAGCCGGCUCACGAGAUUCCCCACAAAGCAGGGAAGCUGGCAGGAACUGAUGCCAACCUGGCUGACAAUGGGGACCUGGAUCUGGGUCCUGUUGAGACGGAGCCCCCCUACGCCUCUCCGCGCUUUCUCCGCAACUUCACAUACACAGCUUCAGAAACAUAUAGAGCAUGGAACCGGGCCCCGGGGCCUUUCCAUCUGUUCCCUCACACUCCUCUGGACCCCGUGCUGCCCUCAGAAGCCAAAUUCCUCGGCUCUGGAACUGGCUUCAGGCCCAUCGGUGGAGGUACGGGAGGCUCAGGGAAGGAGUUUCAGGCAGCUCUAGGAGGGAACGUGCCCCGAGAACAGUUCACCGUGGUCAUGCUGACCUAUGAGAGGGAGGAGGUGCUGAUGAACUCUCUGGAGAGGCUGAAUGGACUGCCGUACCUCAACAAAGUAGUGGUGGUGUGGAACUCACCCAAGCCUCCCUCAGACGACCUGCUGUGGCCAGACAUCGGUCUGCCCAUCGUGGUUGUCCGCACAGAGAAGAACAGCCUCAACAACCGCUUCCUUCCCUGGGACGUCGUGGAAACCGAGGCCAUCCUGUCGAUUGACGAUGACGCUCAUCUCCGCCACGACGAGAUCAUGUUCGGGUUCAGGUCAGUGACAGUGACGUCACGUUGGACUUUCCGCUGUCCCGGCUGCCCUCAGGCCCUUUCACACGACGACUCCCAUUUCCACGAACGCCACAAGUGCAUCAACUUCUUCGUCAAAGUGUACGGCUACAUGCCGCUGCUGUACACACAGUUUCGCGUGGACUCGGUGCUGUUUAAGACUCGUUUGCCCCACGACAAGACCAAGUGCUUUAAGUUCAUAUAGCACCGGGCUGAGUGGCCCAGCAAAGAGCCAAAAGCAGAGAGGGCUGAAGGACUGGAAGCUCCCUCUGCACGCAGUGAUGAAGAUGGAUGGACUGCCAGAUAAAUGCACAAAGGAAAAGUUGGUGGUGAGGAUAUUGCCCAGGGGGGGAGACAAGACCUUUAAAGCUGUUGGCUGGGUGGUCUAAUCCACAACUUUACUGGAAAUGUGAAGAGUGGAAGCUGAAAGGGACGACUGCCAAGAAAAUGAGCCUUUUCAGUGGAUGUCACUCUUCCCUUUUCAUGUUCUUCAAUCACGCUCAAUCAUCAACCACUACAGAUGUCAUUUGCACCUCUUAACGGUCGCCGAGGAAAGAGGACGGUUGUUCAUUAACUCUACCUUACAAUGGAGCUGUAGCUGCUUCACUGACGGACUGAUGUCGUGCUGCGCUCGCCAGCCGCCUGUCGCCAGCUUCAGCUGGGAGGGCAUCAGCAGCACACGGCUGACACUUCGAUUGUUUUUAAUUUUCACACUAACAAACUACUUGUUGUACGCAAGACGAGCACUGAGGGUCAGAGGUAUUUUAUUGGAAAAUCUUCUUUUAAAUCUAAAUGUGUAAAUCUUUUUUGAUGGACAAACUUUUUCCAGAUCCUCCACCUGUUGGAGAUCAGACACAAACUCAUUGGUUCGAGAAGGAAACAGGACCUCGACUGAAGACUUUGGCCCAAUCAUGUUUAGUAUUGUCACAUGUUCAGAAGGAAUUCACUUCAGCGGUCACCAUAAUGCCUCAAAUCUGUCAUGGAAACCAGCCACCAUCUUGUUAUUUUGUUAUGCUUAUAGGAUCUGCACUCUUCGACGAGUGUUUGAAAAUGGCCUGUUUUUUAUGCUAUAGGGUGUUGAAUAAUGUUUGUAAAACUGGUCUGAGAUUCAAGUAUUCAUGUUUUAAAUGUAAUAAUAAUAACAACCAGCCAAUGGUUACAAUGUCCCUUACUGAAGUGCAACCAAGUCAUGAAUCACUGCUGCCAAAAUCAGAAAAUGAAAAUGUUUGGAUGUCUAAUUAAAGUUGUAAUUGUAAAGAAGGAUACAUUUAACACAAUUAGGAUAAUAUACAAAUGAAUCAAAAAGAUUACAGGGAGUAGCUUGACGUUUUAGGAAAUACAAUUAUUUGCUUUCAUGUGCAGAGUUAGAUAUUUACAGCUCUGAAAUCUGUCAACUUAGCCUAGCUUAUAUUAGCAUAAAGAAUGGAAACUGGUUGAAAAACAACUAGCCUGUCUCUGUCCUUAACUCGUACCAAAAUCUGCCUCUCAGUAUCUUUGAAGCGCACUUACUAAUGUUGUGUGUUGAAUCCAAACAAAGCAUAAGGUGUAAACAUGACAAGCUGUUUCCAGCUGUUUUUUUUGCUAAGCUAACCGGCAACAGGCUAAAGUAAGCCUUAUAUUGAAUGAAUAGAUAGUAUCAUCUUACUCUCCACCAGACCGUAAAUAAGCAUGUUUUCCAACAUUUCAAACUACUCUCUUUAAUAUAUUUCCAGUUAUAGCGCUGCGACAGAUGUAAUAGAAAUGUCCCGCCAUGUCCAUGCCUCCUGUAUAGAUCGCUCCCGGCUCAGACAGAAACGUCACUUUAGUGUCGCCAUAUUGGUUCCACUUUGUUUGUUUUUUACCAUUGCUUGAUGAAUGUUUUCUUUGCCAAAUAGGUACGAUGUCUGCUGCUUCAGAGCAUUGUUUCGGGUGCAGCGUGUGAGUGGUUGCAGUCUGGUACAUCCAUUUCCACUCUGCAUGGUACUUACGUUCAGAAGGCGAUCCAUUGGAGCCCUUUCCAUCAUGUAUUAUAAAUCCAAAAUCCUUUAUUUGAUCAGACUUUAAUUGUGCAAUCUGAACAAAACAUUAACCUAAAAACAUACCUUUUUUAAAAAACAAAUUAAUGAUGCUUUCCCCCCAAAUAAGAUUAUAACUGUGAGGAUACUUUUAUGAAACAGAAACUCUCACAAGUCCAUGGUUCCUGUAUAUUUAUUGAAUAUAUUAUUAAAAAAGAUUUUUUUAAACUGAUGACACAUUCAAUAAAAUAACAAAACAUUGUAGUUCAUUAUUCCUUAUUCCUUAUCCUUAAGAAGUCCCAACAGGACUUAGCCGUAUAUCUUUAUUACAUUACCAAGGAAAACUAGCUUGUGCCACUAAAUGCUUGAGGGGGAACCUAACAGACCUGAGAGCAGCACUCGGGCAGGAAAGUGUUUUAUGGACGUCAAGAUGUCCUGGUUCUUGAGAAGGUCAACUUGAAACAGAAUGUCAUAAAAUGAAAAGAAGCUUCUGGCACAGUCAUAAAGUGUCUUUGAAGCCAAAUCUCUACCUGCUCCAGGUGGCUGCUGCUGCUGCUGCUGCCGCUGCCUCAAAACCAUUACAUUAGGCAUGUUAGGUAAACAGGGUAACGAGCCAGAUUCCUAAUUACACAAGUCUAAAAUGGAAAUGUGCACUCGUGCUGCACCAGACUUUAAAAACCAGCCUGUCUUCUCACCUGAACGCUUUUAUUGCAGCUCCUAGGGGCCUCAUAAUUACAUGUCCUGGGGCAUAAAUGGGAUUAGAUGGUAUUUUUUUGGAAGUCAGUACCUCCCCCCUCUCCUCUAGGAUAUGUGGCACAGCUGGUUUUCCAUGGCCCGGGGCAGGAUACUUUCCCCCCUGAAGGCUGCGGUCCCUCUGCUGGGUGUUGGGUGAAACUAUGUGUGAUCCAGGGUGAGGGUCCGCCUCCAGCCCCCUGCAGCGCUGCCUGAGCUGUGAUGACAGCGUCAGACAUACCAUUGAAGGCCAGAUUAAU